UUUCCCGCUGUUGGACCGUCGCCUGCUUCGCGGCCGUCAGUUCGGGCAGGCGCACCGAUGAGGGUGCACGCGCGUCUCUCACUGGUCGGUAACACGAACGCGCGCUCGCGAGUGUUCAAGACAACAAAAAAGUUCGAAAUUUAAAAAAUAAAAAAAAACACAUUUUUAUUUGUCUAUCUGUGUGACGUAGUGAAGAUGAAGUGUGCGUUAGUGUUGGUAGGGCUGCUGGUGUGCGCGGGCUCCGGGGACGCCGCCGCCGCGUCCUGCCUGCGCCCACAGGAGUACUUUGCGAGGCACAACCUCUCAGCUGAUGAUAAUGAUGGACCAGGACCUGUAUGCGGAGGGCAGUGUUGCGGCAGAAGACGGGAGACGGAACUCAAGGUCUCUCUCAAAAGAAUGAUGGAGGACCGCGCUAUAUCUGCUACCAGACCUAUUGCUGAACUGUUACUGGCUACGAGGCGGACUUUGCAAGAACAUCUAACAGCACUCUCACAUCAGUCACAAAACAAGACGUCCGUGCUCUUCCUACAACUGUACAGAGUGCACGCAUCCCGAGCGAGAGGUCCUCUAUCCGCACUAUAUGACGACAUUUACGAGGCGUGUUUGCAAGAUGCGUACGACGCGGUGAAACCAUUCGGAGAAGUACCACAACAGCUGGGCUCAUCACUAUCACGUUCAAUGGAAGCGGCGCGCGUACUGCUGCAAGUGCUAGCGGUGGGGGCAAGCGCGUUGACCGCCAGCGAACAGCUGCUGGUCACCAGCAAUGAGGAGUGCCAGAACAAGAUAUUGGUGGCCGCGGGCUGCGCGUACUGUAAAGGCUAUGAUGUCAGCCCCUGCCAACACUACUGCUUGAACGUUGCACGAGGGUGCAUCGGGGCGCUGGUAUCAGAGCUGGAAGCGCCCUGGGCGGGCUACGUGGAGGGCGUGGAGCGUGUAGCUCGUGCUGACGCCGAUGUCCGUCAAGAAUGUGGAUCUCCAACUACGUUAGAUGUUUCCGGUCUCACAGCGCCGACUCCUACACCGGGAGCGGCGAGACGUGACGCCCUGCGCGCACCGCCACCAGACACUGAACUCCUGCAGUUCGCUGCCACGCUCGCCGCCAGCAAGAAACUCUUCUCCGGCUUAGCUGAUAAGCUGUGCGAUGAACCUGAAUUCGCUACCGAAGGGAAUACAGAAUGUUGGAACGGCGAAACUGUUGGAGAAUACACGAAACCGUUGGUGGCUUCAGCAUCGAAUAGCGAUCAAAAAUACAAUCCCGAGAUAACGUCCGGCGUAAAGCAGGAUUCAAGAGUAGCCGCUUUGGGAGACAAACUGCGACAAGCGAGACAGUUGCUAGUCUCCCACUCGUGGGGCGCUGCGCCAGCGGCUGAAGCUUUCAUGCAGGGUGACGAAGCAGGAGACGAGGGUUCAGGCUCGGGCAGGAGCUACACGGAUGAUGACGCGGCAUAUGAUGCUGAAGGCUCCGGCGAGGAGGGUUCGGGGGCUCAGGAUGUCGGGAGCAAGACAUUCGUCAGAGAAGAAAACACGUAUUCUUCGACGGAAAAGACAUCAGCGGGCACUCGUACACAACCUUUGCUCGCGCUUACAUUCGUCGUGGCCAUCUUACGUAUCACCAGCUUCUAAGCUACCCUUUGAACCUUGUGACACAGUUCUGGGCUCAGACCCACGCAGCCUACGAUUAUAUCAGCGCGCGGUGUGUAUCGGACUUUAGUAGUAGCGAAAUAAAAGACACGCGAUCGGUUUAUUUAUAAAAGAGUAUUCGAAUUGUAGAAUAAACCCUACUGUAGCUAGUCUUAAACUAGUUUAAGUCCGUCGCAAGCUUUCCUUUUAUAAUGUACAUGUAGGGUUUAUAUAAAAGCAAACGAUAGACGUUUGAAGAUCUUAUAUCAUUCUAAAGUCUGCAAUUGUACAGUGCAUAUCAUGUGUUUACUAUAUUAUAUUGGUUUUUGUACAUAUUUUUCUAAAUCGAAUGUAGUGGAUAGUUAUAUAAAUGUACUUUUUAACAGAAGCCUUUAACUUCUGCAUUUAUAGGUACGUUGUGGAGAUAAUUUCGGGAUAAUAUGAUAUUAUUAUUUAAAGAUCUUUAAUAAUUGUUAAACUAUAGUUGAUUGGCAAUAAAUUUAUUAUGAGAAGAGUAUAACGAUUAGUGAUGAGAUGAGGUAAUAUGGGUGUCCUGUACAGAUGUGUAAAUACCUAAAAUCCUACUGGUCUAGGUGCUUAGCUAGGAGACAUGUUUUGUUGCCAUAUUAAUGUUACGAAUAUUAUAAUUUAUGGUAAUAAUUAAGUCAUAAUUUAAUCGAAUAAUGUUAUGUGAUACAGAAUUAGUGUUUUAAGUUAAUGCGAUCAUCUCGUUGCAUUAUUUAUAUAUUGUACUAUUCUUUGAAAGAGUUAUGUAUUAUACUUUUAUAUAUUAAAUGAAAUGGCAAUAAAUAUAUGUAGGGAAUUAUCUGGUGGGGAUUUAUCAAGGGCCUAAGGAGUACGCUGUUAACAAAUGUAAUUCCAUGAAUUGCAUGAAACCUCUUUGAACAAAAGGUAAAUUAUUAGCUAAAUUCGCUUUUGCUUACCGUAUUUGUUUAAAAAAAAACUUGUGAGAUCUGUAAUGGAAGAAACAUUUGUAAUAGAGUUAUUACAACUUUAUCUGUGGCACUUUAAAGAUAGUUAUUCCGUGCUCUAUAUUUUGUAAAUAGAAUGAUGCUUACUUUUAAAACAAUUGACGUAAUAUAAAACUUUUCAUACAAUUUGUAGACAUGAAACAGUAUCUGGCUUUGCUUUUAACUACGGCAUUAAAUUCAAUAAUUAAAUUAAUAUGUACUAUGAAAUUCUACACCGCAAUUGAUAUACUUUGUUUUAGUAAAACAGACAGUUUGUGUGCUGUCAUUGUUAUAUGUAGACAAUUUUUAUUGAUUUAAAGACAAAAUGUGUAAAAUGUAAAAAAAAAAUGUUUACGCUUGAUGUAGAAAAAAUGCAUAAACCAUCAUUAAAUGAUGAAGAAAAUUGUACAUUAAAAAUAUAGUUAUGAAUAUUAAUAAUUGAUCUAAUUUAAAACAUUUAUUAGAUUAUUUUUAAAUGGAAAUAUCAAAUUUUAGGCUAACUGGAUAAUUAUUAAUACUUGUGACUGUAGUUAAAACUUUGACGAUAACUAAAAUAUACUCAUAGUCGUUGAUGAGUGGCAAAGUAUUUGCUUUUCUUUGUUACUUUGACAACAAUUUGUCGUUUUCGAUAACGGUACUUUAAAAACAUGGAAAAUUGUACAUUUCCGCAUUAUCAAUAACCUAAGAAACCUAUAAAAUUUAUAAACUCCUUAUUUCCAGUGAUUUAAAUGAAUUCAUCAUCUUUAAGUAACGAAGAAUAAUGAAUCUCGAACGUUUUGUAAAUAUUAUUGGACAGAUAGUGUGUUUAUAUUACGAAAAUAAACUCUGUACCAUAAAA